AUGGUGCUGAAGACUGAGCACGCUCAGGUAGUGAGUCAGCUUAGUGCUCAAAAUGAAGCACAACGCAACAAUUUUAGGGACCAAGUGAGGCGUUUACAAGAUGAUCAUAGGAAGACUGUAGAGACUCUGCAGCAACAGCUGUCCAAAGUAGAAGCCCAGCUCUUCCAAGUUAAGAGUGAAGUUACUGUGACAAAUCCUACAGGUUCACAGCAGCCCAUGAAAAGCUUAAGAGAAAGAAGACCAACUGACCUAGUGUUGGAUUUGUACUCUGUUGCCAGAGAAGAGGGUGAAGGAAUGGAAACCACAGACACUGAUUCCAUGUCCUCUGCCAACACUCAUAUAGCUAGUCUAGAGCAGCUACUUAGUUCACCUGAUUUAAAAACAGCUGUAGAGACACCCCAAUGGCAGCCUGAAAUUUCCAGGGAAGAACUAACUGAGAAGCUCAAUACAGCAUCAAAGAGUGUGGAUCAUCUGAGUGGUUUGCUGCAUGAAACUGAGGCAACAAAUGCCAUGCUUAUGGAACAAAUAACACUUCUCAAGAAUGAAAUUAGACGCCUGGAAAGGAAUCAGGAAAGAGAAAAAUCGGUGGCCAAUUUAGAAUACCUGAAAAAUGUCUUGCUGCAAUUCAUUUUCCUCAAGGCAGGCAGCGAAAGACAACGUCUUCUUCCUGUCAUAGACACCAUGCUACAGCUUAGCCCAGAUGAGAAAGGAAAGUUGUAUGCCAUAGCACAAGGUGAGGAGGAGUCUGCGUCUCGUCCAGCUGGAUGGGCCUCCUAUCUCCACAGCUGGUCAGGACUCCGGUAG